AUGGGAAUUCCGCGACUGAAAAAACACUUAUUAUCAUUUUGUCAACCGGUCCUGUUUCAAGGGGGCACGGAUUGCAACGAUGAGGGCCUUGAAUGCAUAAGUUCCCUUGUGAUUGACGGGCCUAGCCUAGUCUACAGUGUCUACUCCCGGUUACUGUCAUGGUUCUCAGCAACUGGUCCCAAUAGGUUUGAAGCCCUGCCGACCUGCGAUGAAGUUAGUCAGGGGGUUAUGUUAUAUUUGGCGCAUUUGGAAAUGCUUGGCGUUAAGAUCGAGAACAUAUAUUUCGAUGGAGCCCUGCCUGCGCGGAAACAUGCAACCCGCAUUGCCCGACUUGAAAACCAAAGAAGAAAACUCGAAGUAUUCUGUGCCGAAACCAAGAACGGCUUCGAACCGAUUAUAUCCCCGGGGUAUAAACGAACCGUUCAGCCAGAAAGUAUUUUGCGCCGCCGAUCAACACCUGCUGUGUACAGUAACAUUCCUGCUAAUCCUUUUAUGGUUUCAACUGUGUUCGAAGACCUGAAGUGUCGCUGGAACGGGGCAAAUAUCACACGAGCCACCAAAAACACUUUACCACUGCAGGUAUUUGACGAUCAUGAACGUUUUCCCUGGGCAGAUCUCGCGACCAUGGUACCAGGGGAGGCUGAUGCCUGCUGUGCCCAUGCGGCAAAGAUCAUGGGUUGCUGCAUACUCACGAAUGAUUCGGACCUCGUUCUCUACGAUCUUGGAAACCGUGGCUCUGUCGCUUUUCUGGAUUCAGUGGAACUCAGUAGGUGGGAGCCCUCCAAGCCAUCGAUAUCUCAAAUAAGGGCAGCGAUACUGCGCCCCUCCAAAGCAACCCGGCGGUUAGGUGUCUCCAGCCUGCUCCCGCUUGCAUACGAGCUAAAAUCCCAGCCAGAAAUUGGUUUGGGAGAGUUACUGCGGCGGUCGAAAAACGCGACCUCUAUAGCGGAGCUGUCUAACUAUCGAGAGUUUAUCGACGAAUAUCAAAACGACCAUUGUUGCGCGCUUGCGCAAGCUACCAAACAAUCAAUUGGAUUUUGCGAUACUAGGAUCUCGGAAUUGCUAUGGCAGUUUGAAUUGCGAGGUGAAUAUGCGGGUAGGGAUUGUCCAUACGUCUACCUCGCAACCAUGAGUGAAGACCAUACAAAGCGAUGUGCAUGGGUCAAAGGCCGCGAAUAUCGAAACGUGGCAUAUUCAAUACUAAACCUCUCUCAGUCUAUAAGUGAAAGGCAUCACUACGUGGUUGAAUUUACUCGGCGCGGCCAGCGCAUCGCGGAGGAGAAAAUACAACUUCAGGACGAAAUGAUGAUUUCAGCUCAAAUAAAAUCUUUUCAGGCCCGUCUGGAGGAUUUUCAGGCCAGCCUAGGAAAAGACAGUGGAUCUCUAUACUUCUGGAUACUAUUUGCUGUCAUCGAUUCCUACUGUCCGGAUUCUGGAAUUGAUGAAGGAUAUUUUCAAAAACUGAAGCAGUUUCUGAGAGUUGGGUACAUGGGUAAGCGGCUCGAAUGGGCAGACAUUCACCUAUCAGCACAGAUAUAUUCUAUUUUAUACUCCUUACGGGUUUUGAAGCAGGUUCUUGAACUCUCAAAUUCUAUGGGUACAGUGGCGGGGGGGUUGGAGGCUAUUUUGAAGGGCCUUCCACCCUUACAUAUCAUAAUGGAUCCUGUCCACCAACGCACAGAAAUGUGUAGUGUUGAUAUUACAACUACCCAACUGUCAGAUAUGUUUGAGUCCCUGGCGCAAAAUAUCCAGUUGGAAUGCUCAGACAAUGGCAAUGGGGCCGCGAUAGACAACGUUCAAACAUCUCCAUUUCUUGCAAACGCUAUCAGGAGGCCUGUGCAGUCACUCAAAACUGUGUCCAACUUAUAUGAAUUAUUACAGGAGCAAUGA